UCUAUUUUCAUUUCUCCCUUUGUUGUUGUUGUUUCUCUUUAAUUUAAUCUAAUUUAGUUUCUUAUUCUUAAUUGUUACUAUUUAUUAUUUUAUUUUGUUCUCUACAUGGAAGAUUAUAUUCCCUUGAAAGAUGAUUUCUUGGCUUCGCUUGGUAAGCGAGAGAAAACCAUUGAGACUCUUAAGGAUCGAAUCGCUGGAACUUGUUCAACCAUAUUGGCUCGACCGGAGAAAAAUUUAACCAAAUUAAGGAAAUUAAUUCUAUUAUUGGAUGUUAAGGAGGAAUCGGAAGCCUUCAGGUUAACCUUUAUUACUGGACAAAAGUUGAUCGCUUUCUCUGUGUUGGAAGUUUUCAAAGAUUUGAUUCCUGGUUAUCGGGUUGCUGAGAAAAUGAAAGAAGAAGGUAAUCCAAAGAAACGUUUUAAAAAAGUCACGCUGACUUUAAGAGGAUAUGAAACCCGAUUAUUGUCAAUUUAUAAAUUGUAUCUUGCCCGUUUAAGGAGAAUGGUUCAAUUGCUAAGACGAGUUAAAUCUCAAAAGUCAGAUUUUUUUCGUGACAUUUUGUUCAGUGAUGAAGCUCGUGAACGUGUUGCUGCUGUUGGUGUUAAAUGUCUCACCGAAUUACUUGUUGCUCAUCCUCAUUUCAAUUGUCGUGCAAGUAUUAUUCAGUUAAUUGUUCCAGUAAUGACACUUUCUAAACACCCUGAGAUUGCUGAUAAAGUUUGUUCAGCGGUUGGGACAAUUUUCCGUCAAGAUAAACUUGGUGAGGUAUCUUUGGAAAUCGUUAAAGAGAUGGAGAAAUUGAUCAAAGCCUGUGGACUUUUUAUUCGACCUCAAGUCAUCUAUACGUUAACAGAAUUAAAGAUUAAAGAAGUUGAAAAGAAAGGCCGUGAAAAGGCAGAAAUGAAAGAGGUUAGAAAAGAUUUAGAAAAGAUGUCGAGAAAGGCCAAAAGACGACAAAAAGCUUCUCGAAAACUGGACAAUGUGCUACUGGAAACGGACGCUCAAGAAAGUUAUAAACGGCGAUUAGAAAAUCAUACAAAGAUUUUAAAUCAUCUAUUCAUCACCUAUUUCCGAAUAUUGAAACGAACCAUCUUGGAUUUAAGUGAUGACCAAUUAAAGAAGGAAAAAUUCAAAGAAUUGUUAACACCAGUUCUUGAAGGAUUAUCUAAAUUCUGUCAUUUGAUUAAUGUUGAAUUCUUUGAUGAUCUAGUAAACGUCCUCUUUAAAAUGGUUAAAUCUGACCUUUUGGAUGCCGUUCAAACCCUUAAUUGUUGUCAAACGGUUUUCACUAUUUUAUCAGAGGAAGCAUCAGCUCUUAAUAUUGACCAUCAAAGAUUUUACACUCGACUUUACCAAAUAUUACCUGAUAUCGAUUUAUCAAUACCCGAGAAGACGAUAAUUGUUUUAUUAAAAUGUUUGGAAACCAUGAUAAUCAAACGGCGAAGAAUCAGUUUCCCUCGAGUUGUCGCAUUUACGAAAAGAUGUGCUACCGUUUGUCUACAAUCUGAUGAUCCAUCGAUUCUUGCAUUACUUUCAUUUAUCCGAAGAAUGUUCAUUGAACAUCCUCGAAUUGAUGUUCUAAUUGAUUCGGAAACUAUGGGCACUGGUUUGUUCAUGCCUCAUGUUGAAGAUCCCGAAUAUUGUAAUGCUCAUGCAACACAAUUGUGGGAACUUAAUUUACUAGGAAACCAUUGUAAUCCAACAAUUAGAACUUUUUCUCGAAACAUAGCAAAUGGAUGUUCCAGUGAUGAGGUUCGUUCGGAAUUGGUCAAAAAACGACCAAUUGAAGUUUACGAAGAUUAUGAAGACAAAGGAUUAACUUUCUUAGACAAUGAAUCAAAUGAAAUUGUUAAAAAUUUAUCGAAAAAAUCAAGAUUCCAUGGUUUAAUUUUGGAAAGUACAAGUUUAACAUCAAAAGCAGUUCGAAUGGUGAAUAAUGAUUGUUGACAUGUUGACAUGUUGAUAGUGAUGAUGAUGAUUGACUUUUGUUUAUGGCAAAAAGAGUAAAGGUUUGAAGCAAUUGUAGCUGAUUUGAUGUUAAAAGUUGAGUUUGUAUGAAUGUUAAUUAAAUUGACUUGAGUUAAUAAAUUAUUUUUUACGACCACCUCUCUCUUUAAGACCAAGCGUUAAAGUGGAACCCGUGCCAAUAUUACAAAAAGCUAAUGUAUUUGAAUCUUUAAUAAACGUACUACCAUAUUGUAA